CCCGCUGCCGCGGACGCUGCCGCGGACGCUGCUGCGGGGCCCGCCGGGGGUCCCCCGGGCUGUGCGGUUCUCUUAAGAUCCCCGCGGGGCCCCGCUGUGCUCGGCGCAGGCGGGCGGCGGCGGGGCUCGGGCUCGGGCUCGGGGCCGGAGGUUCCUGAGUCCAAAUCUGGUUCCUAAGAAACAUCAAGGGACGCCUGUACCAGAGGCCUUAGAAGGGUCUCCUUGGCAGCAGACUCCGUCCACUGUGUGACAGAAUGACAUCCCCCACCAGUGGGCUCUCUUCAUUGCUGCUGCUGGUGACUGUUGCAGGUUGCACCCGGAGCCGAUGCAGCGAGGGGAGGACGUUCGACAAUGCCAUUGUCUCACCCAACCUGGAAACAACCAGAAUCAUGCGGGUGCCACAGCCCAUCCCCGUGGCAGACUGCACAGCCGCAUGCUGUGAUCUGGCCAGCUGUGACCUGGCCUGGUGGUUUGAAGGCCGCUGCUACCUGUUGAGCUGCCCACACCCUGAGAACUGCGAGCCCCAGAAGACGGGCUCGGUGAGGUCGCACCUCACCUUUGUGCUCAGGCCAACCCCGAGGCCAACACAACUGCUGGACUACGGGGGGAGGAUGCUGCAGGCCAGGGGCUCUCCCUCGGGACUCUGGGGGGACUCUCCGGAGGACAUCAGAAAAGACUUGCCCUUCCUAGGCAAGGAGCAGACCCCCGAGGAGCCGGCCAGGUACUUGGCGGACUACAGGGAGCCCGAACUAGACCUUGUCCAGCCCCACCGGCAGCAGGAGCCCAGAGGGAGAGCCCAGGACCCCCGUGGGGACCUGCACUCCGGAGGCCCGGCGGGCAGCACCUCCUCCAAUGGACACAGCCGUCCGACAGCCGCAGAGAAGCAGGGGGAGCCCGCGCCCCAUCAGCCGAAUGGGUCGGCCUGGAUUCCGGCCCUGAAACACACCUCAGAGAGCAGGUCGUUGGUCACAAGUCCACCCUCAGGAGAGGUGCGGGGAAAGGAGACUUUUCCGCUCCAGGAACAGCCCAGCAGCAGCUCUGGAGAAGAGGGUCUCAUGCUGUCCUAUGAUCCUCCAGCCAGACUGGAGUUCAGCCCAGCCUCCACAGAGGAGAACCCACCUCUCACAGUCCCCACGUGGCGCCCAGAGCAUGGUGCCAUGACCCUUCCCACUAGCCUCGUCCCUGCUGAGCCUACCCUAUCCCAGCAACCUGAAUCUCCGCCCACUGCUCCUGGGACAGCACAAGAGCUCGUGGUGUCUGCUGGAGAUAACCUGAUACUGACUUUACCUGAAAAUGAAGUGGAGCUGAAGGCUUUUGUUGUGUCAGCCCUACCUGCAGAAACCGCAUACAGCUAUGAAUGGAGUUUAAUGCGCCACCCUGAAGACUACCGAGAUGAAAUAAAAGAAAGGCACAUGCAAACUCUUAAUCUCUCUCAAUUGUCAGCGGGACUUUAUGCCUUCAAAGUAGCAGUUUCUAGUGAGAAUGCCUUUGGAGAAGGAUUUGUCAAUGUCACUGUUAAGCCAGAAAGUACAGAUGACAAUAAAAUCGUGAGUUAUCAUUGGGAAGAAGUUAAUGGCCCCUUCCAAGAGGAGAAGACCCCAGCUGAUUCCCCCACCUUACGUCUGUCUAACCUGGUUCCAGGAAACUACACUUUCAGAUUGACUGUUACAGACUCCGAUGGAACCUCUAAUUCCACAACUGCAGCACUAAUAGUCAACAGUGCUGUGGACUGUCCUCCAGUUGCCAAUGCAGGACCAAAUCAGACCAUAACUUUGCCCCAAAACUCCAUCACUUUGAAUGGAAACCAGAGCAGUGAUGAUCACCAGAUUGUCCUCUAUGAGUGGUCUCUGGGUCCAGGAAGUGAGAACAAAGAGGUGGCCAUGCAGGGUGUCAAGACACCAUACCUUCAUUUGUCUGCCAUGCAGGAAGGAGACUAUACAUUCCAGCUGAUGGUGACAGAUUCUUCAAUGCAGCAGUCCACUGCCAUAGUCACUGUGACUGUCCAGCCUGCAAGCAACAGGCCUCCGGUGGCUGUGGCCGGCCCCGACAAGGAGCUGGUCUUCCCGGUAGAGAGCACCACGCUGGAUGGCAGCAGGAGCAGAGACGACCAGGGCAUCGUCCUCUACCACUGGGAACACGUCAGAGGCCCCAGCACAGUGGAGAUGGAAAAUACAGACAGAGCUAUAGCCACCGUAAGCGGGCUCCAGGUGGGUACCCACCACUUCCAACUGACAGUGACAGACCAGCAGGGGCUGAGCAGCACAGCCACCCUCACCGUGGUGGUGAGGAAGGAAAAUAACAGUCCUCCCAGAGCCCAGGCUGGUGGCCACCAUGUGCUUGUGCUUCCCAAUAACUGCAUUACUUUGGACGGUUCAAAGUCUAUUGAUGACCAAGGAGUUGUGUCCUACCUGUGGGUCCGGGACGGCCAGAGCCCAGCUGCUGGGGAUGUCAUUGAUGGCUCUGACCACAGCGCCACCCUGCAGCUUACCAAUCUGGUGGAGGGCGUCUACAAAUUCCGCCUGCGUGUUAUUGACCGUCAGGGAGCCUCAGACACAGACACUGCCACCGUGGAAGUACGGCCAGACCCGAGGAAGAGUGGCCUGGUGGAGCUGAUCCUGCAGGUGGGCGUGGGGCAGCUGGCAGAGCAGCAGAAGGACACCCUUGUGAGGCAGCUGGCAGCACUGCUGAACGUGCUGGACACAGACAUUAAGGUUCAGAAGAUCCAGGCCCACUCAGAUCUCAGCACCGUGAUUGUGUUUUAUGUACAGAGUGGGCCACCUUUCAAGGUUCUCAAAGCUGCUGACGUGGUCCAAAAUCUGCACAGGCAACUCGCAAAGGAGAAGGCUGAUUCCUUGCUCUUCAAAGUCUUGAGGAUUGACACAGCAGGCUGCCUUCUGAAGUGCUCUGGCCAUGGUCACUGUGACCCCAUCACAAAGCGCUGUGUGUGCUCCCAGUUAUGGAUGGAGAACCUGAUACAGCGUUACAUCCAGGAUGGGGAGAGCAACUGUGAGUGGAGUAUCUUCUAUGUGACAGCGUUGGCUCUCACUCUCCUAGCGCUGAUGGGGGGCUUGCCCUGGCUGUGCAUCUACUGCUGCAAGAGACGAAAAAGGACUAAAAUAAGAAAGAAAACCAAGUAUACCAUCCUGGAUAACAUAGAUGACCAGGAAAGAAUGGAGCUGAGGCCGAAAUUUGGUAUCAAACACCGAAGCACAGAGCACAACUCCAGCCUGAUGGUGUCUGAGUCUGAGUUUGACAGUGACCAGGACACAAUCUUCAGCCGAGAAAGAAUGGAAAGAGAGAAUCCAAAAGUUUCUAUGAACGGCUCCCUCAGAAAUGGAGCUUCCUUCAGCUGUUGCUCAAAGGACAGAUAAUGGAGCAGUUGUAAACCUGAAGGCCACCCAUGGGAUCGCUUAACCCAGGACUAGUUAAUGGGAGUUAAAACACAGAAAUGUUGUUACAUUAGCACAUCGAUGUCUUUGCACACCGGGUGGAUGUGUCCCUGUGUUUAGAAGAUCUGUUUUCUCAGGGUGUUGGAGACAUGAAACAAAAUAGCAACAUUGCUCUUAACAGAGAUGCUUGUUAAUAGGGAGAAAGGUUGGGAAAGAUACUAGUUAUAUACUUAAAAGAGUUUUGUGUUUUGUAGCUGGCUCACUAUAUUACCUGUGUUAAAGACUAACACGUGUUUCUCUCUGCAGACCUUUAGGUAAGUUAAAUAUUAAUUUAAACAGGGCUGAUUUCUCUUAGGAGCUGUGACUGCCUUUGAGGACGACUUUCUGAAUGCUGUUUCUCUGGUAGGACCCAUAUAGUCACGUGGCUGUAUAUUCUAAAGUAGUUCAUCUGACAUGUGGGUUGUCUUCUGUGUGACAAGUUUUCUGUGCCGACCGAGACACCCAUACAGAGAAAGGCCCCUCGCUACGUUAAUCCCUUGCUAUGGCCAACUACUAUUUCUAUGCCCUAUGUGGACAGCAGCUCCUGGAAGUCGGAGAGCUAAAUAAAAAUUACAUUAUGAGAACCAGAGGCUAUAGAAAGGGAGGGGGGAGAUUAAUGACCUGUAAGUUGACAGUUGAAGAAAGUAUGUUAACAUUCUUUGCCUUUUCUUUGUCGUAGGAAAACAAACUACUAUGAGCCCUUUCCUAGCCCCAAUUUACAUUACACAUGAUAAAAGUGAUUUAUUAACUCAUGGAACAUUUGGUUGAGUAUGUACAUAGGCCAUGCAUUUGGAUUGCCAUAGAUCGUGAUAAUGACUCAGUGACUUUGUAUAGAUUCCCAAACUCUGAAAUGAAGUCUGUCUUAAUGAGGAUGGUAUGCUCAUGAUAAUUGGCCCCUACAGAUACUUCCCACAAUAACAAAUUGAUGUAGACAUUCAUGUUUAAAGUUAUGUUUAUUUAACCAUUUUUUUCUACAAAAUCUUAUUUUAAAUAUAUGGAAAAAAAAAAAAAAAGAAAGAAACAUCAAGCAUAUAGCGCCCCAGAGCAGUGAACUGGAGUGAACUAUAGCCUGAGAAGGUGGCUGGCUUGUGGUAGUUCUCUAUCCACCCAUAGUCUCGAGGCUGUGGCCUGGGAGAUCCCCUUGGCAUUCUUCAGGAAGAUUAGAAUAGAGGUGGGGUGCAUCACAGAAUCAGUGUUAUGGCCUCAGGCAUGAACAUACCUGAAGAGUAUCCUGGUGCACAAGUUCCUGUGAAGCUAAGAUUGCUUUGCCCUGAUUAAGUGAAAAAGCAAUAGCAUUAAACCACCAGGUUUAAACCCUCAGGACAGGAACAAGUGGGAAAAAUAGCUCCUGUGAUGGGUCCUUAAAAAAACAAAAACAAAAACUAAGCUUUCAGAUGCUUUUGUUCUCUCUGGUCAUAUUCAUCCUUGUGAGAUCAUCAUGUAUUUAAUUUUUGUACUUUUUGGGGAAUAGCUGAACUAAAAAUUAUGUAAGACUAAUUUUAUUUUAAAAAAUAAUUUCUCUGCUUCUGUCUCUACUUUCUGUAUUGCUAGUCAGUUCAAUAUACUAUCUGUGAUGUUAGAAGGAAGAUGUGAUAGUUUUUACACCAAUAUUUAUCUUGAUAAACGAUAUCUAGCAUAUCUAGCGAACAGAGUUAUGUUACUUUGUGUACAAACAGAAAUCUUGGCUUCGAGGAAUGCAGCCCAAAUAUGAGGUCAGUAGAGUGCAGUGAGGAAGAAGGGAGCAAACGUUUAAGUGUUUUAUGUGUGUAAUACAUGUGUUCUAUAUACCCAACUGGUCCGUACAGUCAGCCUAGAAAAAUAGAUGUUAUUAUUCUCAUGUUGCAGAUAGCCAUCUGACAUCUCAGAGAGGUUAAUUAAGCAAUUUGCACAAGGUCAGUAGAUCUGGUAACUGAAUGCAAAAUUUUUAAGCUGUAAAGCCAGUGCUUUCCACCCUCCUCCCCUAUUACCCAAAGAUCUCCCACCCUCAACCAUUGGACAGCAAAUUCGGGGGGGAGGGGCUUUUGGAUUGUCUGUUCCUGUGACCCAGAGGAAUUCCUUCAGAUGGUGGACAGAACACAAAAUACAGAGAGGGAAGCCUCUCUCUCUCUCCUGUGGGGUCCCACGCUGCGCCACCACCCUGGGUUUCAGAGUGCCACUUCCACCUGCCCUGGGCUGUGCCUGGCCUUCUCAGCCUCCCUCAACUAUUGGUGGACCUCAACUUCAUGUGUACCAGGCAGCGGUGGCCCACCCUCCUCAGUACCCUGCGGUCCCAGGCAGACCAGCGUGGGGUGAACGAGCGCCGUCUCCUUCAUUCUGUCCCACAGCAUAUCCCCGGGCCCAUGGAGGGAAGGGGCUCUGGCAGCUCCAAUGGAGAAACCAGCCCACGAUUCCCUUCCAGUCAUUGCAAGAGGAUGUGAGCUGGUACUAGGAGGCUGGUCCUGUGUGUGACUGAAGAAAGCAAGACAGCACAGUGCAGGAGUCACUACCAGCCUGGAGGCAGGACACUCAAGACCCCAUCCUGUAAAGUAUUUCCCAGGUCUGACAGGGUCCUCGUUCUAAGACCGCAUGUAUGAGACGUGGCCAGUCUAAAUAAAGGUGUCUAUUUCUAUGACGCCUAGUUGUAACUGGGAGUUUACUUCAUUCUUCGCAUGAGGCGCUUCCCUUGGGUGAGAGUCCACAAGCUGGCCAGUGACCUGUUUUGUGUGACCUGUUUUGUGUGACACGUGAGCGAGGGAUGGUUUUCAUAUUUCCAAAUGGUUGGGGAAAAUCAUAAGGCUGUUGUGAGACUUAAGUGGAGUUUGUAUUUCAGUGUGCACAAAUAAAGCCUUCGUGGAACCCAUGCACCUCACCUCUGCUGUCUGUGGAGCAGUCUCCGGGGCCCAGGGUGGGGGCAGGAGAGGGAGAAGCAGACCCCCCUGCGGAGCAGGGAGCCUGAUGCGAGGCUUGAUCCCAGGACCCUGAGAUCCUGACCUGGCCCCAAGGCAGACACUUAACCAACUGAGCCACUCAAGUAUGCCAACAAAUAAACCUUUAAAAACAAACCAAAACUGAUCAUUCCAACAGGGGCACAGGCAGGGGCUGGCAGUGUUCUG